CAACAGCUCCACAUAACUCCGCCAUAGACACACCAGUUGCUGGAGUACCAAAAAGCUGUGAUGACAGUAUUUUAAUUGAUCCACGACAAUUGGUGGCAUAUGGAAUGCGUGAUGGAAAUUUUCUGGUGCUUGAUAGCCAAUAUACUACAAGAUUACAUUAAGAAGCUCAUAGAGGAAAGAGCUGUUGGUGAGGAAGGUGUCGAGUUACUGCAGUACUGCAACUGGGAAAAUCCGCAUUUCGCACGUGCCCCAAUCGUAUGGAAUAGUAGCUUAUGUCAAAAGGCUGGUUUUAGUAUAAUGCGGCAUUCGCAGCAUACCCUCACUGGCGCCGAGCCGUUGAAGAAAUUUUGGNAC